AUGACACUGAUCACACAGCACCCAAACGGGUGGCUGGAGGUGGAGAAAACAGAUGGCACACGCGGGUAUGUCUCCCCAGCAUGGGUGGAGAGCGUCGCCAGCAAUGAGAAAACCGCGGCUGCAGAGGAGGAAUCCAGCCCCGAGCCAACGCCCGACGAGCAGCACGGCGCUACUGCAGCACAAGAAGGUGAACAGGCCCAGAAAGUCCACGCGCAAGAGGAGCACGCGCCAACGUCGUCAGCCUCGACGCAGGGCAGCAGCGCGAGGAGCAGCGAAGCAGGCAGCAUGGACCACGCGCCACGUGACCAAGAAGACGCACACGACCCCAACAAGGCCACGGAACAGGGGAGCCAGCCGUUGAGCAACGGCGACACGCAAGUCCACUCGCCAUCAAAGCCGGUCUCCGCUUCCUCCAGCAGCAACACCCUGACGGUGGGCGACGCCAAACCCCAGCUCGAGCGCAAACCCACGGACUGGGGCAACCUCACGCCAGACACCCGCCCGCUCACCUUGCGGCAGGCACGCGCGGAGAAGCCGGCACCACCGGUCCGCAAGUCGUCAAAUCUGACGGUGAAGCUGGAGACGAGUCACGAGGACGCAGAUGCAAACGAGUCCACGACGGACGACCUUGUCCUGUAUGGCCACGACGACGACGACGACGACAAUGAUGUGAACGUGGACAGGAACAGAGGCAGCCGUGUUGGCAGUGGCGAUGGUGGUGAUGGUGGUGAUGGUGGUGAUCAGCAUGCGCAGAGGAGUGAUAGACAACGACUGGCGCAAGCACAGGAUGAGAAGCAGGGUCAUGUGCACGCGGCGAUUGCCAACGCGGUGCACGGUGAGGAUGACGUGGCCGAGGACAGCGAUGACAUGUACGACAACAUCCACGAUGGCGAGCUCCAGGAGCAGCCGGAAUCCGACGCGGGCGCACACGCGCACGGCCGAGGGGACGCACAGCCGCCGAUCAAGCCGCCGCGCCUUCACAUCACAGACGACGACACAACAUGUGACACUGAUGGCGGCGGUCGCAGCACGCGUGGUGCUGAUGAUAACAGCGAUGCACACACGUCUCAACACAACCACGAACAGCAGCAGCAGCAGCAGCAGCAGCAGCAGCAGCAGCAACAGCAGCAUGUGAGCCAUCGUCGUGAUGACAGCUGGAGCGACACGCGUUCAGCACCGGGUCGCGCUGGCGUGAGCGGCCUCUCCGUGGAUGUGCAAGCAGCAGCGGCGGUGACAGAGCAGGCGCCAAAGAGUGCACCUGUUCGUCCGCGCCCAAAGCCGCGACCAGGGAGGCCCGGGCACAGCCGGCAGGGGUCGCACGCAGACAACAUCGCACUGCACCCGGCAGAUGCAGACGAGCAUGGCGCCCGUCCUCCCAUCUCGCCGAGGCCAAAACGCGCAUCUGUGCACGGCGCUUUCCAUCAGCAGCUCGAAGCAACGCUUAAGAUUGGCGUAAAGGCGAGUCAGCCAACCCUCACGCGGCUAUCGCUGCUAACGCUGCUACUGAUGCUGUCGCUGUCGCCUCCUCGACCGCCAGGACGAACAGUCGUGACCGAAGCACCGCCCCCACCAUCGUCCUCGGGUGCGGCAGAGGAAGAACGGCCUGUUCCCUUCAGAAAAGCGCCCGCACCGCCGCCACCAGCGGUGCGGUCGCGGCGGCCAGAGUCGAUGGUCUCUGGACCUGCGAGUAGACAGUCUCCACACUCAACAUCGCCGCACCUCCCAGCUGAGUCUGCGGAUCACAGCGCCACCGCAUCGCCGCACCCGCCAGACGCACACGAGCACGCACCGACAACGGCCCACGAUGAACACCACCACCACCACCACCAGCAGCAGCAGCAGCAGCAGCUAGCCCGUGCGGAUACGGUAGAUGAAGAUGAUGUUGAUGGUGUUGAUGAUGAUGUUGAUGAUGAUGACGGUGGCGAUGGUGACGAUGUCGGUGUCGAUGAGGAGAGUGGUGCUGCGAUGAAAUCGGUUGUGAAUGUGACAGUUGAAGAGGCAGGCGAAGGGCAUCAACAGCAACUGCCGCAGCAGGAAGAGCAAGUCAUUUCGCUCAAGGGCCACUUGGAACGGAAGCUCAUCCGAGAGGGCGGGAAAGAUGUGCGGCGGCGCCAGUGGCACAAAGUGUAUGCGGCUGUAGAGGGCCCGUUGCUCGUCCUCUUUGGCAGCAAGAAGGACUUUGAGAAGCAAAAGAAGCCGACGUCUGUUCUCGAUCUGAUGCGCAACGACGUGCUGGUCGAUGAGGAGUACACGAAGCGCGAUUACGUCUUCAAGCUCGAGGGGCCACAGAACAAGAUGCUGUUCCAGGCUGGCUCUGAGGGCGAGCGCGUGCGGUGGCUGCAGGCGAUCAACCGCGUCAAGACAGGCAGCUCAGGCGCCGGCCCAGCCGUUGACGACCGACAACGUGCACACACGUUCGCUGGAUCGCGACGCGAGAAGCGCAGCCCAAAGCAGCGCAACAAGCGCCACUCCUACAUCCCGGACAUGGAUGCCGGUUCUCCGAAAGAGAAGGACGCCGGCUAUGGAUAUGUGCGCCGCCGCCUCAACAAAUACCUCCGCGCCCGUCCAAAGAAGCAAGAGCUCGUCUCAAAGGGCAUCAUUGAAUUUCCUGUCUUUGGCGGGACCAUUUCGCACCAAGUGGAUCUCGAGCGGUCUGUUGCCUCUGUCCCAAACGUCCCCAUCAUCGUCGUCAAGUGCGUGCACCGCGUGGAGAGGUCACUGCAAGAGCAGGGCAUUUAUCGCGUUCCAGGAAAUUCCUCACAAAUCCAACACCUCGUCGCAGAGGCAAACGCAGACUGCACAACGGUGGACGUCGAAGGCAUUGACGAUGUGCACGGCGCCGCUGGGCUGCUCAAGCUCUAUUUCCGCGAGCUUGCAGACCCGCCCUUCACCGACGACAAAUACGCAGACUUCAUCGCCGCAGGAAAGAUGGCUGAUGCGGGCCAGCGCCUGCAAACGCUGAAAUCGCUCUUCCAAUCACUACCGGAAGCAAACAAGGCAACGUUGCUAUUUCUCUUCCAGCACCUCGAAAGGGUUGCCGCCCAGGGCGCGGUGAACAAGAUGCACCUGAACAACCUGGCCAUCGUCUUUGGACCGACGCUGCUGCGGAGUUCAGAGCCGACACUGGAUGCGAUUGUGAUGGAUGCGCCGUUUCAGAGCAGCGUGGUUGAAGAGUUGCUGCGAAACCAGGACCAACUGGCAUGA